GAGUAUGAUAUUCAGUUAUUAACUUCCUAUAUAAAAGCAUCUAUUUUCUCACCAACGCCAUAAACGUAACAGAUUCAAAUCAUUUUAGAGGCCACUCAACAAAAGGAAAAGAGAAGCCAUUAAAGUUGCCCAUCAUUAACCACUCAAUUUUCGUUUUUUUUUUUUUUGAAAAAAAAACCCCAAACCCUAACAUUGAAGACAAUGGAUUUUUCCUCCAAGGUCGCAAAGAAAGAAACCAGCGCUGGCUCAGGUCUUCUCUUAGGACGUUACGAGGUCGGGAAACUCCUCGGACACGGCACUUUCGCUAAAGUUUAUUACGCGCGCAACGUCAAAACCGAUGAAAGCGUGGCCAUCAAAGUGUUGGACAAGGAAAAAAUCCUCAAGGGUGGCUUAAUCGCUCACAUUAAGCGCGAAAUUGCCAUCCUCCGCCGCGUGCGCCACCCCAACAUCGUACAACUCUUCGAAGUUAUGGCCACCAAAACUAAGAUCUACUUCGUCAUGGAAUACGUACAUGGCGGUCAGCUCUUCAGCAAAGUCGCCAAAGGCAGAUUAAAAGAAGACGUCGCUAGGAAAUACUUCCAGCAAUUAAUCUCAGCUGUUAAUUUCUGUCACGCCCGCGGGGUUUACCACCGCGACUUGAAGCCCGAGAAUCUACUACUAGACGAAAAAGGGGAUUUGAAAGUCUCCGAUUUCGGGUUGAGCGCGGUUUCGGAUCAGAUCCGACAAGACGGUUUGUUUCAUACGUUUUGCGGGACCCCUGCUUACGUAGCACCGGAAGUUUUGGGGAGAAAAGGUUACGAUGCUGCCAAAGUAGAUAUCUGGUCUUGCGGGGUGAUUUUGUUUGUUUUAAUGGCGGGGUAUUUACCUUUUCACGAUCAUAACAUUAUGGCGAUGUAUAAGAAGAUUUACAAGGGAGAGUUCAGGUGCCCCAAAUGGUUUUCACCUGAUUUACUUCGGCUACUUACCAAGCUUCUGGAUACGAACCCGGACAAGAGAAUAACCAUCUCGGAAAUCAUGGAGAACCGUUGGUUUAAAAAGGGAUUUAAACAUAUUAAAUUUUACAUUGAAGACGAUAAAGUUUGCAGCGUUGAGGACGGGGAUGAUAACCUGGGAUCAUGUUCGGACCAUUCAACACACUCUGAAUCGGACGCCGAGCUUGAAACAAGGAGGAAAGUUACUACUUCAUUGCCGAGGCCAGCUAGUUUGAAUGCCUUUGAUAUUAUAUCCUUUUCGCCGGGUUUUAAUUUAUCUGGAUUAUUUGAAGAAGGGGAGGAAGGGGCAAGGUUUGUGUCAGGGGCACCUGUUACGAAAAUUAUUUCAAAAUUGGAAGAGAUAGCCAAGCUGGUUAGUUUUACAGUGAGGAAAAAGGAUUGUAGAGUUAACUUGGAGGGUUCUAGAGAAGGAGCUAAAGGGCCAUUAGCGAUUGCUGCCGAGAUAUUCGAGUUGACGCCUUCUUUGGUUGUUGUGGAAGUGAAGAAGAGAGGAGGGGACCGAGGAGAGUACGAGGAGUUCUGUAACAAGGAAUUGAAACCUGGGAUAGAGAAUUUGACGCGAGACCAAUCAACAUCUGAUGCACCUGUACCUGCACCCACACCUGCCCCUGCCCCUGCUGCAUAUUUACCUUCGGAUACGGAAUAGAUUUUAAAGAGUGAGGAAGAGGAGAAAAGGGUAAUUAAAGCUCUUUCCUUUCUCUCUCUCUCAUGCUUUUUGUUGUCCCCUUCCUUCGUCUUAGGCUCUUGUAUCAUUAAAAAAAAAAGUUGUUUUUUGUCCUUUCUUUAUGUUGUGAUACUUGGGUUGAGCUUGGGAUGGCUUUGAUAUAUAUUUGUAUGAUCUAUUCUUGCGUCCAGAAUGGCAGAUUAGAUCACAGAGGCUUGAAUACAAAGUCAUACAAAUCUCGGCAUUUGCAUGUCUGGUUGUAUAUUAUCAUCAACAUAAUUGAUCAUAUGAGUUAAUGAUA